GCGAGAUUUAAAGUCCCCUAUUUCAGUUAUCAAAAACCCUCAAAAUCUAAAAAAAUAACAAAUUAAUACGUUUUUAAUCUCCGAUUUAAACGUGCUGCAAUAGUUUUGCAUUAAUUUCUCGAAUUUGAAGCAAUUUCAGAAAAUUAUUUAGUUCAUCCACGUGCUUUAUUGUAUCGGAAUGGUAGUAUUUACUUGCGGACACUGUGGGGAGUCGGUGCAGAAGCCUAAAGUUGAAAAACACUAUUUAACAAAAUGUAGAAAUCGUAAUCCCAAUUUAUCUUGUAUGGAUUGUUUUAAAGAUUUCUUUGGCCAAGACUAUGAAAGUCACAUCAAAUGUAUAACAGAAGAGGAGAGGUACUCUGGCAAGGGAUUUACUGCUAAAGAGAAAAAAGGAGAAAAGAAGCAAACUGCCUGGGUGGAAAUGUUGCAGUCUGUAUUGGACGAACAGAGAAAUGCCCCUGCCAAUGUCCUGAAAAUUGUAGAAACUAUAAGUAAGCAUAAUAACACACCUAGAAAGAAGCCAAAGUUUUUCAACUUUGUUAAAAAUGUGUGUGGACAAAAGACAAGUCCCAAAGAUAUUGAUCAAGCUUGGGAUUUGAUUUCAGUAAAGUUAUCAGCUCUAACAACUAAUGGAAAUCAAAAUAAAAAUAAAGAUUCCUCUGACCAUGACCAAGCAACUAAUGGUGAUGCAAAGGAGAAAUCAAAAAAUGGUGAGGUUAAUGGUAAUGGUGUAGAAAAUGAUGAUAAAUGUGAAAGUGUAAAUGGGAAACAAGAAUCUGAUGAAACAGAGAAUGCAGCAGGGAAUCCAGAUAAAGAAAACAUAGAAUCUGGAAAAGUAAAUGACAAAAAGUUGUCAAAAAAACAACGCAAAGAAGAGAAAAAGCGAUUAAAAUAUGAAGCUGAGUUGCAGAGUGCUGAGGCUCCACUAGCCACUGCAGAAGAAGAAGAAGGAGCCGAUGCUGCCAAUAAAAAAGGGAAAAAGAAGAAGAAUAGGACUGAGUCAGCUGCUAAAGAUGAUGAUAAUAACCCAACUGACAGCAAAAAUAAGCAUAAGAAAAGGAAGCGACAAGAUACUACAAGCAGUGCUGUUGAAGUUGCUGUGAUCCAUUUAGACAAUGCUGAAACUCUUCCUGUUACUGCCGAAAAAACACAGAAAAAGAAAUUGAAAGUUGAUGAAAUAGCCACAGAGGAUAGUAUCUGUCUUCAUGAUCAGAAUGUUGCUAAGUCUGAAGAAGUAGAAGAGGUGGGAAUCAGAAACGAAAAAUUCGAUUGGCAUGAAGUCAUUUUGUCUGUCUUGGAGAAGAAAGGUAAUGAGCUGCCAUUUAAGCGUUUGCAGAAGAAAGUUCUCUCUGAAUACACAGAAAUGACAGGGAGAGAAGUGGAUGACAGAAUUGCUGAUAAAUUUAUAAAGAAGUUAAAGAGUGCACCUAAAGUAAAAGUUGAUAAAAAUAGAGUCUUCUUGGAGGAAUGAAUGUAAACUUCCAAUAGUUUUCAUGACAAGAUUAUGUCAUUUUUAUAAUGAAUUAGUUGUAGGAAACUUAAUUUGCA